CGGAUUCAGCUGCUGCGUGAAAAUCCUCUUUCCAGAACGAGACAGGGCUGAAAGAGAGAAAUUGCAACUUCGUGAGAAGGGGGGAAGCCUGCGUUUGCACCCGAGGGCCCGUCUUCGCCCGUCUCCUUACUAGAAGGCUACGCUCUUCGAGGCUGCUGAUCUCUCUUCAUAGCCCUGCGUGAUGGCUCACCCGUCAUGGCUGCCCCCCAAGAACUCCAGCGAGCCGGUCGGUCAUGUGACUGCCCGGAUGGAGACCACCCACGCCUUUGGGACCCCCAGCAUCUCCGUGUCUACUCAGCAGACGCCCAAGAAGUUUGCUCCGGUGGUAGCCCCCAAACCCAAGUACAAUCCCUACAGACCGGCCGAAGGCGACGGUGAUUUCCCUCCACCUCCACCGCCUCCAUCAGAAGACCCCGGGAGCCUCCCGCCGCCUCCUAGCGCUUUUCCUCCUCCACCUCCUCCGGAUCAAGCUUUUUUCCAUGUUGAGGUCAAUCCAGGGGCCAAGACGAUUGAGGAGAGGCGCUCCAGCCUGGAUGCGGAAAUCGACUCCUUGACCAGCAUCCUGGCUGACCUGGAGAGCAGUUCGCCCUAUAAGCCACGGACUCAGCAGGGCUCCGUGGCUUCAAGUGGAUCUCCGGUGGCUACCCCGCCAGCAUCCACACCGGUCACCAGCCACAAGCGCAUGGUCAUCCCGAACCAGCCUCCUCUGACGGCCACCAAGAAAUCCACUUCCAAGCCUGUGGCGCAGCCCUCUCCAGUUCCCGUGACGCCCGUGGGCACUCUGAAACCUCAGCCCGUUCCAGCCUCGUACACCACGGCCUCCACGGCGACCCGGCCGACUUUCAACGUGCAGGUGAAGUCGGCUCAGCCUGCUCCGCACUACCAGCCUCCGGCCCCCCAGUACAGCAGCGGGGUCCCGAACCAAACCCCUCAGCCUCCCCCGCUGGCCCCCUAUGCUCCGUCUCAGCCUCGUGGGCCCAGUUAUGGCUACUCGCCCCAACCGGUGCAUUAUCCGGAGCCUAGUUAUGGCUAUGCGCCCCAGCCGGCUCGCUACGGUGGGCGAAAUGGAACGGAACCAUCCUACAUGCCACAGAACACCUGGAAACCAGAAGCCGGGCAGCCGGGCGGACUGCACCCUCCAUCCAAUAUGAAGAAAGCCUUCCUCACCGAACCGGCUCCGGAACUUCAGCCCCCUGCCUUGCAACCGAAGAGUGGACAGGUGGGCCCCAAUCCUCCACAGAAUGCUCCUUUAUUCAGACCAGAGGACGAGCUGGAGCACUUGACUAAGAAGAUGCUGUAUGACAUGGAGAACCCCCCUUCGGAUGACUACUUCGGCCGCUGCGCACGUUGCGGAGAGAAUGUCGUGGGGGAAGGAACGGGCUGCACGGCGAUGGACCAGGUCUUCCACGUGGAGUGUUUCACCUGCAUGACCUGCGGGAACAAGCUCCGGGGCCAGCCUUUCUACGCAGUGGAGAAGAAGGCCUAUUGCGAGCCCUGCUACAUCAACACCCUGGAGCAGUGCAGCGUCUGUGCCAAGCCCAUCAUGGAACGGAUCCUGCGGGCCACCGGCAAGGCCUACCACCCCCACUGCUUCACCUGCGUGAUGUGCCACCGCAGCCUGGACGGCAUCCCUUUCACCGUGGACACCGGGGGCAACAUCCACUGCAUCGAGGACUUCCACAGGAAAUUUGCCCCUCGGUGUUCCGUCUGUAAGGAGCCCAUCAUGCCCGCCCAGGGCCAGGAAGAGACUGUCCGUAUCGUGGCCUUAGACCGGGACUUCCACGUGCAGUGCUACCGCUGUGAGGACUGCGGCGGGCUCUUGUCCGAAGGAGACAAUCAAGGCUGCUACCCUCUGGACGGGCACGUCCUCUGCAAGACCUGCAACUCGGCCCAGAUUCAAGCCCUCACGGCAAAGGCGAGCACCGACCUCUGAGCACACUCAGCCCCCUAGGGAGAAUGGCAGGGCCUUUGCCUCUCGUGCUGCUGGAAGGGCUUUUUCUUGAGAGUUUAAUCCUUAGCAGUGAGGGGGGAAAACCCACCCAUCACUGUGCCCUCCCAUCUACGCUGCAGAUAUCAGCUGAUUGCAAAAUUAGUUCCUUUUCCCCGAGGAACCCUGGGGACGGGGAUGUGCAAAGAGAAUUGUUAUGCAAACUACAAUUCCCAGAAUCCUUUGCGGGAUGCUGCAAGUUGUAUAAAAUGGGUAGAAGUUUGUAGUGCAGGUGUACCCACCGCCUCCAGGGACACCCACGUGCUAUUUCAGCAUUUGCCACUUCCUAGUUUACAUGCUCCAGGGAAGAAUCUUCCUGCCGCCUUCCUAGUCUCUGUCUGCUUCCAGUUUAACCACUGCUCCAACCGGAAAUCCACUCUCUCUCUCAUAUAAAUCUUAACCUAUUAAUAUUUCCAGUUACUGAUACUUAGGGUUUUUUUUCCCUUCACAUAAACCAUCAAGUACUGAGCUUGUUUGCACACCAAUGCACAAAUACAUUUUAUAUCUAUAGUUAGACCUUAUAUGAAAAUGUAUCAUACUAUUUUGCUAGUGCCUUAAAGACAGUUAUAGCAGCAAUAAAAAAAAAUGAAACGAUUUCAGAGACUCUGGGCUUUCCCGUAUUAUUAUUUUCCUCCCUUGCGCGUCCCUGCUCCGCAAGUAUUUCGCUCCCUCUAGUGGUCGAUU